AUGCCUUCGAAUAUAGAAAAGAACGCUUCUGGACUGACAACCCCGCCAGAAAACUCCGGCAUUGUUGAUACAGAACCAGAGUCAGUUCAUGUUGCGGCGAGACAUAAAUGCAAGAAGACGGAAGAGUCGGUGGAUAGUACUUCCCCACGAGGGAGCCGUAAGGGCGGUUCUUCCGUUGGAGUAUCUCCUCGAAAUGCAAAGAGAAGUUCACGCGGUCACCAGGGAAGGUCCUUUCGGGGGCACCCGGCAAAGUCCAGGUCCCACAACGUGACUGGCUCACGGUUUCAACAUCGCGGCAGCCCAGCUUCUGGAGGCAGGGCUUCACAGGAGCGGCAGAGACAGCAGCCAAAAGACGAAAAGGAGACUCAAGACGGACAUCAGAAAGGGAAUAGGGAGGACCAUUCCCAAGACAAAAGUCAGCCUCCUGCCCCGGAUGCGCUGCCGCCCUCCGCAUCGUUGGAGGUCCGCAGGUCCACGUACUUCAGCAUAUGUCUCAAUGCCUCCCCUGACGAGCUAACCGUGGUGUCGUACAACUUGAACAUGGAAAAUAGCUGGGGGGUUUUCGAUGGUAACUGGAAGAGACGGGAGGCUGCCCUUCUUCGCUACUUGCUUUCUUUAGAUGAGACUCACCACCCCGAUGUACUUUUGAUUCAAGGAGCGUUUUCCAGCUCUACGCAGCGUCUUUUGCGAAGGCUCCACAGAGAAGAGCCAAUGUUUGCCUUCCAGACGAGGGUUGUUGGCGCUGACCCAGGAUGCUGCAAGACCGAGAACGAGGAGGGCUACUGCUCAUGCUACGGCGAUUGUUGGUGGUGCCUGACCAUGAAUUCGCGCAAGGCUACAAAGAAGAGCCAAGCGGAAGCAUUCGUAACAAAGAAUGGAUGGGAUUCAGUAUGCGGGAGCUUCUCACGCUUCAGGGGAAAUGGCGGGAUUUUGAUACUAUCCAAGUGGCCAAUGUUGCGUCGUCAUGCCUAUAUUUUUUCUGCAUCUGCGUACCCCCAGUCCCGAUGCAAUGCGGGGGCGGCUUUGGUUCAGGUGGAAAAGUGCGGCAAGGUAUACAACAUGCUUGCCAUGCAGUUACAGCCUGGACCAAAUAAUAAUGCUCUUCGCGUGGCGCAGGUGAAAGAGGUGAUGGCAUGGGCUAGAACUGGGAUGGAGGAUGCAGAGAAAGUGGAGUUCGCUUCAUGCGAUGUUGACGAAGCUUUCGCUUCACCGGGGGAAGGGAGUACUGGCACUGAAGGCUCCGUCGCCUCCAAUGAAUCCCCGAGCAAACCCGAAGGGUCGCCCACACAGAAGGAAGGACUGCCGGAACUCGAACUCAACAAUGCUCCUGUGACCACAGAAACAGAACUGCCUAAAGCCAAACCCCACCGUCGGCGUGCCGAGCUCCCUAAGGGUAUUUUAAAGGCCACAGAUCCCCUCAUCAUUGGAGGAAACCUGAACUUCCGUUUCACAGCGGACCGUGCUUCACUAGCUGAAGCUUUGGGGUCUGAUGGUUUCAACGCCAAUUUAGCACUAGAAGAUGCCUCGGUCGCACAGCCGAACUUCGACACGGUCAACAACGACACAUGCUACCAGAGCCAGGGAUGUCCGGAAACUCCGAAACAAGAGCUUCUGGAUUACUUGCUAAUAUACUCGGAGCACGCAGGUCGAGUUGCCCGUGGGCAAAGGACGCUUGUGGACCCUUCCCCAGCGAAGAUCCCUUAUCGCCCUAUGGUGAUGGGCUGUAUACCUCGCACAACACUGGAGGUUAGUCAUGUCAGUGACUUUUUCCCCGUGUGUGCCACAUUUGCUCACAAUUCUGAGUAA